CACCCCGAGUGGAGUGUCCCCUUCGGCGUGGCGCCGCCGGAGAUGCCCGCGAGGGAGGCACGUGGGAGCGCGCAGCCGCACCCGCCGCCAGAGAUAGUACUGGAGUGUGCCGUUCAGCUCCGGAGAAUUGGGGAUAAGGUGAAUUCUCUGGAGUGCGCGGAGGGGUACGCCCCCUCCGGGAUGCUGUCGGAGAUGCCCGAGAAGAAGGCGCGGGUGCCCGGGAAGAAGGCGCGGAAGGGCGCCCAGCAGAGGCCGAGCCCCACGCGGCUGCCGGCAGAACUGGAAGCUGAUUGUGUCCAACUCAGGAGAAUUGGAGACAGACUGAAUUUUCAGCAGAAACUUCUGAAUUUGAUCUCGAAACUCUUCAACGUAGUCACCUGAAGUCUACCCGAAGCCGGUGCACGAAGGGGUCCUUGAAGAAGGAGUCGUGCCAAUUUCAGUGACUUCAGUGACAGGAGAGACUGGGUGUGACUGAGAGGAAUGUGAGGAAACACUCACCUGCUUUUGUUGCCUUCAGACGAGGAGGGUGAGCUGAAGUGAACAAGUUUCGGCUGCGUGUUUCCUGGAAGUCGUUCUUUGAGAGGUGGGAAUGUCAGUCUGCUGCUUGCGAGAACGUAAAACUACUUCGUGUACUUUAAAACAGGCAUUGAAGAGCCUUGCUCAUACAAAAGUAAUCUGUCACACAUUUCUAUUUUGCUAGGAGAAUUUUUCUUUCAUUUUUGCUGAAGAUUGCUGCCCAACCCCAUGUAAGAGGGGUUGCUAAAUGGGUACCUUAAGUUUGAGAGAGAAGAGUUCAGUAUUUUUGGUUUUUUGAUAACUCCGGAACAAUGUACACUGUUUGGUUUUAUAAACGUAAACUUGGCAAGAGGAAAAAGUUUCAUGUUGAUAACACUGAAUGUCAUGGUGUGAAUAUUGAUUUCAUAGGUCACUACAAACUCGGGUUGUGUUGGUUUUGUUCCAGUGAGUUUUAAGGGUGUUACUGUGUAGGCAUUAACUGGAAAGUGUGGAAAAGUAGAAAGUAACUUCGAAACACUUUAUUAGCGUUACUUGAUGCAGUAAAACUCUCACAGAUUGAAGAUGAAAUGCUAAAGAGCUUUGGGAUUUUGUAUACCCAGGGACAAGAGGAAAAAGGAACUUUUAAAAUGACGUAAUUAAGGUAGUAAAACAACUGUUCAUAGGAAGUUUCGAUAAAGUUUAAAAUGUGUGUUUCCAGGAAGGAAACCCAGUCUAUCUCUAUGUAUGCAAGUAUAUGUAUAGAAAUAUGUGUGGAUCUUGGCAUGUAUAAUUUGCAUUAUAGUAAUAUGUAGAUUCUUUUGAGUUUCAUUUUUAAUCUGAUCUAUAAACAUGAAACUUAAACUAUUCAAAUAGUCCUGUUAGAAAUAAGCCAACUGAAUACAUUCCUGAAAAGAUGGAGUGAUAUCUAACAGAAGACCCAGAGAAAGCGGAUGGAAAUCUCAGUGAGCUAUCAUCUCAUACUUGCUGAACGAUUCUCAAAAACACGAAAGGUAACAAGUGUUUGUGAGGAUGUGGAGAGAACGGUAGAGACCCUUCUACAUCCUUGUUAGUACUGUGAGUACAGCCGUUUUUGGAAAAUAAUAGGGAGGUUCAUUUAAGAAGAGACUAGAACUGCUCUGUAAACCAGCAAUCCCAUAUUGUGUUUAUACUCAAAACAUACUAAAAUCAGUCUGCUGUAGGGGACUCUGUAGUUCUGUAUUUCUUUACAAGAGCUAUGAAAAGGGUACAAUCAGGAGAGGAAAGGUCUGAAGUGCUGUUUAAACACAGCGACAUACUAUGGAGCCUUAAGCAGAAAUGUUGGUUAAAUGUGGAUGGACCUAUAGGACUUACAUUGGGAGAAAUAAUCCAAGCACCACAUCUGGACACCUCACAGAAGUCAACAUCAGUGGAAGUAGGGAAUAAGACGUUGGUUACCCAAGCCUGGGUAGGGUGAAGGGAGACAUGGUUAAGGGUUCAAAACUGUAAGUGGGUGCUGGCGGUCUUGUGUUAAGCCAGGUGACCAGUGAGUAUUUCAGAACAACUAGAAGGGGUCAGUGUUGUCACCAGAAGGAAGCCUCAGAUACUGAAGGUGAUGAACGCAUGAAUUCCUCUACUUGAUGUUGUUAUAUCCAUGUAUUGACACUGUACCCCCACAGCUGCAAGCAACUUAUCAGCUAGAAAAAAAUUUAAUUGUCUGAAAGGGAAAAUAAUGUCAUGAUUGAAUGUUAUGAGGAAUAAUAAUAUUUAUUUUACCUAUUUAUAAUGGAAAUAGUUUUUUGUUCAGUCUGAAAAAUGUGCAUUAGCUCCAUUUUUGUAAUGAGACAUGGGUUUUGUAACCACCUUAAUUAUAGGAAGAAUGUCCGUGUUAGGCUAGUGACUUUGGAUGAAAAGUUACCUCAGCAACCAGGGGUCCUCAGUAUUAAGAGUAAGAUUGUUGAAAAGCUUUUCUGUUUUACUUUAUUUUAUUUUUUGCCUAGAGGCAAAUAUGUUGCGCAGUGAGUAUUUAUGGACUGUAACAGUAUUUAUAUGUAUGCGAGUGGAAGUUGAAACUUCAGCAGAGACUAUUAAACAUUAACCAACAUU